AUUUUAUAAAGCACCUCUGGAAGGGGAACUUAAAAGCCGGCAGGCAGAAGCCGAGUGGUUAGUCUGGGUAACUCAGUGGAGGCGGCUUACGGACUUCAUUCUGCUAAGCGAUCACUACUGGGGAUUGGUCCUUAGAGAGCAGCAAGUUCAGAAAGACAUGGAUGGAUCCAACAGCAGACCGCUGGGUUUGUCGGCGCACACCACAUCGCCCCUGACGGUCGGUGGUCUGCAGGUGCCGGCGUCCCUCCUGCGGACGCCUCCGCUGUUCCUAAGAGCGGCAGCCGCGGCCGCUUGCAGCCCGGCCCUGGAAAGGGGGUAUCCGAGGACCCCGAAGUGUGCGCGCUGCCGCAAUCACGGCGUCGUGUCCGCGCUGAAGGGUCACAAGCGCUUCUGCAGAUGGAGGGACUGCGUGUGCGCCAAAUGCACCCUGAUUGCGGAGAGACAGCGAGUCAUGGCAGCUCAGGUGGCUUUGCGCAGGCAGCAGGCGCAGGAGGAGAGCGAGGCGCGGGAGCUGCACUUUAUGUACCCAGGAUCGGGGUCGUCUGACACCGGACUGACCAUGCCAGCGUCCGUGAUCCCUGCGCCGGGGUCCGCUCCUGUAAACUGUGGUCUCAGGAUGCCGGGAUACGAUGCAUUCAGCAUAGACGACCAGAAAGACGGAGACAAGUUGCCGAAAUACAGUUUAUAUGGCGGAUUCACGGGACGUCCUGUAUUUGCCCCUCACUCGGCACCUCUGCCCUCUCCUUUAGGGAGAAAUGACCCCACGUCCGACCGGGAUAAGGAUAAGGAGGGUGAAAUCCAGUCCCCCGGUUCCGAUCAGCUGUCAGACCAGAUGGGAAGUCCAAGGUCACUGUCUUCUUCAGACCUGGAAUCGGGCAGCGAGUCGGAACGGCAGAAGGACUACCCAGCCCUAGACGUGAAUCCUGCGGGUUCCUCCUCCGGCCACCGAGACCCGACUGAUGUGAUGGCCAAGAUCUUUCCUCACCAUAAGCGUGACGUGCUGGAAUCGGUGGUGAAGAACUGCAAAGGCGACAUUGUGAAAGCCAUCGAGAUGAUGCUGAACUCCAAAGAGGACAGGUGCAACCCGGAAAGCGUCAGUAUCUCCGCCGGCGAUCAUGCGAACCUGCAGAAGGCUGCGGGAUUUGGACUUCCCGGGGGCGCUCUGGGGUCUUUCAGUGCCAAAUCUGCCUUUUCUCCUUUGCAAACGCCCGCAACUUCUAUUGGAAGCGAUAGCAUUUACGGCUUGAAUCCGAGAUUUGGUAUUAGUCCGUUAAGACUUGCGUAUUCUAGCUCAGGUGGGGGUAUAACUAGUUUCAUGUCGCCCUAUUUAACCUCCGGGUUAGUUCCGGCUUUUCCUCUUCGCCCUCCGAUGGACUACCCAUUCCCCGGGAUGAUGCGAGACUUACCUUACCUCCAGAGCAAGGACUUGUGCAAUACAAGUAUUUAUGCGCGCCUAAAUCAUGACAAAUAAUACCAUAUGUAACCUUAGUGGAAAAAACGAAUAGCUUAAAUGCUGUUGGACGCUCUGGGGCAAACAUAAACCAGCAUCCCUGUAUAAUUUUUAUGCGAAAAGUUCUUUGUAAAUACCCCCGCCGUGAUUCAGAUACUACCGGAUACUGUGUUCUUGUAUUUUUAAAGCUUUUUUUUAUCCCAAGUGUCAAUAUUUUAGUUAUCAAUAUAUUUUUUGAAUAGUGUAUAUUUUGUAAAGUUUCAUAAUCUGAAUAAAAAGCAAAGACGGAAAAAA